GCAGUAAAUGGUAACUUGGUUUCGCCGGAGCUGAGCUCCAGACAGUCCACUGGCUAUGAAACGCGGCUUGUGAUUAAUUUCCGGAGAAGAGAUUUCUUUCUUUCUUUGAAAACGUCGCCGCGUCGGACAGCUGUACCUGCCGUGAACGCACCAUGGAGAGGUAGACCUGUUGCCUGCCUGCCUCGCCGCGCACCCAACUACUAUCCAAGAUGUUGCUUUGUGGAUGGGAUGGCGUCUGGUGCCGUUUGUGUGCGCACUCAUAGCCUCAUUGGAGUUCGAACAUUUCCUUUUCAAGCGGUUUUGUAGCUCUUCUUGCCAGAGAAGAUGCACGUUUCUCUGGCAGAAGCCUUGGAGGUCCGAGGAGGUCCACUCCAGGAGGAGGAGGUCUGGGCAGUGCUCAGCCAGAGUGCAGAGAGCCUCCAAGAACUUUUCCACAAAGAUCCUUCAGCAAUGGGCUUCAUUAUCUCUCCCUGGUCCCUCCUGCUCAUGCCUUCUGGCGGCAUCUCAUUCACAGAUGAGUAUGUAACCCAGCAGGAUUUAAGAGCCUUCACAGCUCCAGAGGUUCUGGAGGGAACCUCCUUGGACACGGUUUCUGACAUAGAGAAGAUGCACAUGUACUCUCUGGGUAUGACCCUGUUCUGGGGAGCAGACUAUGAAAUUCCCCAAAGUCAGCCUAUGAAGUUGGGGGAGCACCUAAACAGCCUCCUCCUCAACAUGUGUGAUGAUAUUACACUGAGUCGAAUGUCGCUGCGCACGGUGCUGGACAUCUGCAGCAAACACAUCAGAAACUCCAGUGGCGAUCCUCCCUUCUCUUACGUCAGAAAACUGGUCCGGCUGGUACUGGGCAGCCUUUCGCAGUUGGAUGGCCUGCUGACUGACAGAGAGUCCCUCCCAGAGAGGAGUAAAGAGAUUCGGGAGCGACUCAGGGGCAAAGGUUUGCCCUCAGGAAGGAGUGCUGCUCCCAGAGUUCUGGAGCGAUACAGAACCAGGACUCAGGAGCAAACGUCUCUGAACCGAGGCCUCAGUCGUUCCAUGGGCUCACUACCAUUCCAGGAUCUGUUGAAGGGUGACGAGGGUGCAGCCCCACAGUAUUCCCUACCCAACUCUGAAAUCCCCGUAGAUUUAUACAUCAAGCCCCCCUUACUCCAGCAGCGUUCCUAUCCCCACCUGCACCCACUCCACCCCCAGCAAAAAGGCCGACCUGUGGAACUGGACCGGAGGUCUUUAGCCUUCUACAGUGGGGAACUGGGGCCGAGUCAGGCCAGGAAGAACUGGGCUUCCUCUGUGGAUUUGGCGUACAUUGACCCAGAGGCUCUUCGUUUUGGUGCUUUGGAGGACGCGCGAAGGGGAAGCAGCGCUUUAAGUACCCACUCCAUAGGCAGACGUAAAUCGCCCUUCCGAUCAUCCAGGGAGAGAGAGACUCACUACCUGGACUUUGGUGAGCUGAAGAGUCGGAAGCCUCACCAUCACUCAGCACAAUCUGUCGGCUCCGGGCUCCCCGGCGCUUACGACCGGAUCAAAGAAAAACAAAGGAAACUUCAGGUGCUAAGACAAGCAGUGGAUGACCCGGUCCACACCCACCAGAGGUACCACAGUGAUUACAGUUCAUCCAGUGAAAGCCCCUCAUUGACCUCCUCUGAUCCAGACUACAGGCAAGCUAAAAAACCAGGUGAAACGGGAAGGUACGGCUCCCAGCUGGCGCUUUCAUCUGAACACGAUGCCCUGUCACUGACGAGUCAGAAUGCACUCAGACGCAGGCAAAACGAGCGGGCAGCUGAAGAUGGUCUGGUUGGAGCCGAACUGCUCCUCCAGAGGCAGGAGGAGGAGGUGCAGCGACUCCAGGCCCACCUGGCCAACAGGCUGUCCAGGGCCAACCUCUACCCAGCGGACGACCCCUUGGUCCCUUCUCACCCUUCCAUGCUCGAACUGCAAGACCCGCUGUACUCCGCCUCGCUGCCGCUCCGCAAGACGAAGACCUUCCAUGGACCGGAGUUUGUCAGGAUGGCCAGUGAGCCAUGCGUUUCCCUAACCGUUCCCUCUUCAAUAAUGAAACGUGGCAAGGUGGAGGAAGUGCAGAGGAAGGUGGGUGUUGUGCUGCUGAACAGCCAAAACCUGGAGCUGAACUGCGACAUCAAGGGAGUGUGUAAAGACGUCUUCGACAUGGUGGUCGCCCACAUCGGGCUGGUGGAGCACCAUCUCUUCGGCCUCGCGUACCUCAGAGACAAUGAGUUUUUCUUCGUUGAUCUCGAUGCCAAAUUGUCCAAAGUGGCUCCAGACGGAUGGAAGGACGACCCUAAGAAAAGGAAGUCAGAUGUGCCUUUUAACCUGUUUUUACGCAUUAAAUUCUUUCUGGAUGACAUCAACCUCAUACAACACGCUAUGACCAAACAUCAGUACUACCUACAAAUGAGGAAAGAUAUCCUGGAGGAAAGGAUGCGCUGCAGUGCAGAAAAUGCCUUGGUGCUGGGCUCACUGGCAUUGCAAGCGGAGUUUAGUGACUACCAGCCUGAGCUCCAUGGGAAGACGUAUUUCAGAUUGGAGCACUACCUGCCAGUAUCCAUCUUGGAUAAAGUGGACCACACGACCAUAAAGGAGGAACUGCCGAAACGCCACAGCAGCUACUACGGAGCAACAGAAACUGAAGCAGAGUUGGAGUUUCUCAAGAUCUGCCAGAGGCUGACAGAGUACGGAGUCCACUUCCAUCGGGUGCUUCCAGAGAAGAGAUCCCAGACAGGCAUCAUGCUGGGUGUUUACUCCAAAGGGGUGAUCAUCUUUGAAGUCCUGAACGGAAAUCGUACCGCAGUGCUGCGGUUCCCCUGGAGGGAGACAAAGAAGAUUUCAUUCGUAAAAAAGAAGAUUUGUCUUCAGAACACUUCCGAUGGGAUCAAGCACCUGUUUCAAACAGACAGCAACAAGACGUGUCAGUAUUUGUUGCAGCUGUGCUCCGAUCAGCACAAGUUCCACCUGCAGAUGAAGGCCCGCCAGAACAACCAGGAGCUUCAGGACUUAGAAAACAGCCCAUUGAGCAGCUUGCAGCAUUCUUUUGACUCGCGGAGCGGGGACGCCACAGGAAGAGCCCUGAGCUCAGGCAGUCUGGGCCCGAGUUUAUCAACACGCUCCAACCCGGACCACCUGAAGAGGAUCUCCUACUCAGAAGUGGCCCUCCACAAGGCUCCUUACGGCCCAGUCGCCAUCCAAGACGAGCUUCACUUUCCAGGUUUCAACCCGGUGGGCUCCACCAUCCUUUCCAACCCGCGAGCGUUGAGUCGCUCCCACCACAACCUCGGGCAGAUGCCAGAGUCUCCGGAGCCGCCGGUGCCAGAUUCAUACCUUGGCCAGUCGUACGCCAGAAUGAGUCAGCCGCCACCCAAACAAAUGGCCUUUCACUUCCAGCAACAUCAGCGAGCAAGUUCAGACACAGACUCUCUGUCGCAACCACAGGACAAAUCAUUUGGCGUGGCGUCCCACAGCAGCCCGGCCUGGAGCCUGAACAAAAAGGAAUCUGACUCUUCUUCUCUUGAGGAUACUGGCCAAGCCUAUGUAGUUGGUGUCAGCAUGCACAGUUCAUCUGGCAUGCCUUCAACCCCAGCCUCCCUUAAUGAUUCGCUAAAGAAAAAACUGAACGCGUUGCCAUCCCCAGAGCGAGAAGUUACAACUGUAAACCUGAAGAAAGAUGUGAAAUAUGGCCUGGGGUUUCAGGUUGUCGGAGGGGAGAACUCUGGUCGGACAGACCUCGGUACGAUCAUCAGCUCAAUCACUCCUGGGGGCCCUGCCGAUGUCAAUGGCUUCCUCAAGCCUGGUGACCGGCUCAUCUGUGUGAAUGAUGUAAACCUAGAGGGACUCUCUCAUGCUUCUGCGGUUGACGUCCUUCAGAAUGCUCCGGAUGAUGUUACCCUGGUGGUGUUGCAGCCUAUAGAGAGGCUCUACAGAGAAUCAUCUUCGGGCUUCAGUCCUUACGAUGACAAACUUCCUAUCAAUUCACAUUACUCUGCCCAGAGACGAGAGCUAGACAUUGACACCUCAUCAGAGGAGCGUGCAGGAAGAGCGACGCCCAGCCCUCCUGUUCACAGCGCCGCCACGCCGUCGUCCGCCUCUUCCCCCGUUCCCCAGCACAGCAGCGCCAAUUCUCAGGACUCGAAGACCAGCAGUGUUUCCAAAACCUCCAAACACUCUGCCAACGGAGUCUUGCAGUGCUUGGAAAGAGCUACAGCUGCCGCUCCAGCUGCGUCUGCUCCCCAACGUCACGGGCCAGAACCAAACAUGGGCGCGGAUCCUCCGCCACCGGCUCUGCCCCCAAAAACUAGAAAGCCGAAAGUGCUGCUCGAAGCGCCCAAAGUUCCAGAGCAGUCAGACUGGGGAGACUCGGACAUGGACGAGGAGACUUAUUCCAGUAGUCAGGACAAACUGAAGGUUAAAAAGGAACACUUGAUGGAAAAUUUAAAUGGUAAUGCCCCAGUUGUCAGUAGUCUCCGUCCAGGAGAACUAUUUGACAUUGAGCUGUCCAAAAUAGACAGCAGCCUGGGCAUAAGUGUCACGGUACUGUUCGGCAAGGGAGGUGUCAAUACGACGGUGCGACAUGGGGGCGUCUACGUCAAAGCCAUUAUACCAAAAGGUGCUGCGGAGCUUGAUGGAAGGAUACAGAAAGGUGAUCGAGUGGUGGCCGUCAAUGGGAAAAGUCUGGAAGGAGCCACGCAUCAACAAGCAGUAGAAGUUCUCAGAGACACCGGCCAGACGGUGCAUCUGCUGAUGGAGAGGGGUCAUCCACUUUCGGACAGAGUCCAUGCUCCCGUCACGCCGCAGUUCACGCCACCGUUAGCUGGCAGUGACCAGCUUCACGGCGUGAACAAACCGAACCCACCAGAGGUCAAACGAAAGCCGGAGUACAGCUUCAUCACACAGGAUAACGUGUUCGACGUGUGCUUGCUGAAGAACACGUCUGGGCUGGGCUUCAGUUUCAGCCGAGAGGAGAGCAUCCCCGGGGAGCCCCCCGGCUCCAGCAUGGUGCGGGUUAAAAAACUCUUCCCUGGCCAGCCGGCUGCGGAGAGCGGCCGCAUCAACGUGGGCGACGUCAUCCUACGGGUCAAUCAAACCUCCCUGAAAGGACUUUCACAGCAUGAGGUCAUAUCGGCUCUACGGGGAACAGGACAGGAAGUGACUCUGCUCCUGUGUCGACCGAAACAUGGCGUCCUUCCUGAGAUGGACUCUUCUCUUUUGACACCAAUGUCAUCGCCCAGAAAGGAGCCCGUGACCCAGGCGGAGUCCGGCCUGAACGCCAGCACAGUCUCCUCUCCCCAGCAGGCCAAGAAGCAGGGGCUUGUGGAGGACGCCUUGGAGAGGCUGCUGCACAAAACUCCCGCGAGACAGAACAGCUACAGCGACAGCACCGACGGCGAUGAGGAGGUGGAGGAGGCCUUCAGCCCGGCCACUCUGGAGAACAGCAGGCAGACGUGGGAGAGCAGCGUGUACCAGACGCCCGGCAGCAACCCGGGACAGGGGUCCUACAGCAGCAGUGGAGAGCUGGACAACACCUUCCACUCUGCUUUCUACACCCCAAGCAUGUCACUGCCAAGAUCGGACAUCAGCGGCCGGGGUUUUUCCUCCCCUUCGGCAGCUGAUUUGGAGUCACCCUCUCUGCUGUCAGUGCCAUCCGCCUCUGCCCCGAGCCCUGAUCCGCUUCCUCCUCCACUACCCCUGCCCUUAAACCUCACACUGUCCGGCAACGGGCAGGAUGCGGACGAAUUUGCCCCGGAAGUGGAGCUCAGGGUCUCUCUGGUGAAAUCAGAGCAGGGCAGUCUCGGCUUCACCCUGACCAAAGGUAACGAUCACAGCUGCUACAUCCACGACAUUGUCCAAGAUCCAGCCAGAGGAGAUGGGAGGCUCAGACCUGGGGACCGCAUGAUUACAGUGAACACCACAGAUGUGAGUAACAUGGGCCACACUGAGGUGGUCACUCUCGUGCGCGCCGCUCCCCGGGUGGUGGACUUGGUGGUCGGCAGAGUCCUGGAGGCUCCCAAACCCCCCAUAGAGGCCCACCUGCUGCCCGACAUCUGGUUCAAGAACAACCAGGAGCCACUGGGGCUGGUCCUGGAAGGUGGGAGUGACAGUCCGUACGGAGUCUUAUUUGUCAGAGACGUCUUGCCGGGUUCGUCCGCUUCGAAGGAAGGAAGCCUCAGGCCGCUUGAUCUCAUCCACUACAUCAACGGGGCUCCGACUCAGGACCUGACUCUGAGCGAGAGCACCAGACUGUUGGAGCUCUCGCUAAAUGAACUCACGCUGAAGGCCACAAGGGAUGGAAAGCCCGUUUUUCCAGAGCAGAGAUGCGUCUCUUUUCUCAACAACAACAUUAGUCCAAAUGUCUCAUCCAACGUGAAUGGUUUUAAAGGUGAAGAUUCAAGAGAUUUAGAGGGUCUUGCUGCACCUUUAGAGGAGGAGAUCCUGAAGCUGGAUCUGGAGAAGCCCCCGUCAGGAGGUCUGGGCUUCUCUGUGAUUGGAGGGGAGAGGGGAAUCUUUGUGAAGUCCAUCACAGCAGGAGGAGUAGCAGAGUCCUCGGGACAGCUGCAAGUCGGCGACAGGCUGCUCAAAGUGAAUGAAGAACUGAUGACGGGCGUGUCCCACACCAAAGCCGUCACCACCAUCCGCAAAGCCAAAGGCCUGGUCCACCUUAUAGUGUCCAGACCGCCGGACCAGAACCCAAACACAUACCUGGCCUACCUGCCAAUCAACUCAGACAAGUGCAACGGGAACACAGAUCUGAGUGAGGACAGUGGAGUGAAGACUAAGCUGUUUACACCGCCUGAUAAUCUCAAACCUGGCAGCUUCCCUUCCAUACCGCCAAUAGACUACGAUGAUGGUCCGCUGGAGCCGAGAGGAGGGACGGAGCAGAGCGCAGAGCUUUCUGAAGACACAGACUGUGAUGGCUCCUCUUUACCUGAAGACUCUCCUCAGAGUUCUCGAAAGGUGAUGUGGCAAGAGGAGAGCGUUGAUGAUCCAAGGAGUGAAAACAGCUAUCUGCAGAUGAGCGCUGGUCAGCCGGAGGAAGAUGAAAUCACAUGGGGAAGUGACGAACUGCCGAUAGAAACCAUGAACUCCAAGUCAAGAGACGACGGACCAAUCAUCACGGAGGACGAGCUCACGUCUCUGCCCCUCGUCAAAGUGGUGCCCGAUGGCCAGUACACUGGACCGAAGCUCAACAGCGUGGUCCGCAUGAUGAGAGGACUUCUGGAGCAGAAAGUCCCCCUGCAGGAGUUUGAAAAUCUUCAGAACCUGCAGCCGCUGGAUGACUGCUUGAUCGGUCAGACGAAGGAGAACAAGAAGAAGAACCGCUACAAGAAUAUUGUUCCCUUCGACACAACAAGAGUCAUGCUGGGCAAAGAUGGAGGCUACAUCAACGCCAACUUCAUCAAAAUGCCAGUAAAAGACGAGGACUUCAUAUACAUCGCCUGUCAGGGACCUUUACCCACCACUCUGGGCGACUUUUGGCAAAUGGUCUGGGAGCAGAAGUCCAACGUGAUCGCCAUGAUGACCCAGGAGGUGGAAGGCGGGAAAGUGAAGUGCCAGCGGUACUGGCCCGACACGCCCAGGACGGCGGAGAUGGUCGACGACAGGUUACAGAUAGCGCUCCUCAAGGUCCAGCAUCUGGAUAACUUUGUCAUCCGACUCAUCGAGGUCAAAGACGUACAGACGAAUGAAAUCCAGCAUGUAACUCACCUAAACUACACCGGAUGGCCCGACCAUGGAACGCCCUCACAACCCGAGCAACUGCUCACUUUUAUCUCCUACAUGAGGCAUGUUCAUCGAUCGGGGCCGAUCGUCACGCACUGCAGCGCAGGCAUCGGCCGGUCAGGGACCCUCAUAUGUAUCGACGUGGUUCUGGGUCUCAUCAGUAAAGAUGCUGACUUUGAUAUUUCGGACGUGGUAAGAAAUAUGAGACUCCAGAGACAGGGAAUGGUCCAAACAGAGGACCAGUAUAUUUUCUGCUAUCAAGUGAUUCUCUACGUCCUCAGAUGCCUUCAAGCAGAAGAACACAUCUCAGGAUAACACAAACCAUGUAUUGUCGUCAUGUCGAGGCUGGGUGACUCACUAGAGCGAAACAGGAAAACGAAAGUUGAAACAGGCAGACAUUGCCAAAUUACACAACACAAGUUUUUAUUGCCUUAAAAUAUUUGACUCCUUGAAAGUCAAUCCAUAAAAAGAAAUCUAUAUUUUUAUUUUUGCUUUUUGAGUUCUCUCGCUCUGGCUGCUACUCCCUUUCAAUGCAUUUAUGAGAACUGCUGAUUGUAUUUCUUAUUGUUACCUACAAGAGAACACUAAUAUUUUUUCAGAUUCUUGGAUAAAAUAAUUAUUAUAAGUGAAUGAUGAUUUCAUACUUUAUGUGGAACAUUAUUGUGUAUUUUGAAGCCUAUUUUGAUGCUGGAACAUGCCUUGACAGAAUACUAUGUCAGUAUUUGCUUUGUAAAUCUACUAUACAGUAAACUGCUCACUGCCUGAGGCAAAUUAUGGAAUUAAAAGUGUACAUAUUCAACUCAAGAAAAUUAAACUGGAUACAUUUUAAA